AUGGCGCCGGAGCUGAUGGCCGAGCUCGAGGAUGAGCGCUGGCGCCGCCUCAUCCUCGACGACCCUGUCUUCCGCCGCCGUCGGAGCGAGCUCCACCGCCCGCCGCCCCCGCUCCACGGCUACCUCGGCUCGGUCUCCGACUUCGUCCCGGCCUCCUCCUUCUGCUGCCCGCCCCACGCCCGCGGCUGGCGCGCCCUGGACGCCCGCCACGGCCGCGUCCUCCUCCACGGCGCGCCCCUGCAGGUCGGGCGGAACCCGCUCGACGCCUCCCUCGUCGUCUGGGACCCCGUCGCCGAAGAGCGGAGGGAGCUCCCCAAGCUGCCGCACUACGCGCGCGCUGACAACCAGAGUUGGAACGCCGCGGUGCUCUGCGCACCCGCCGCCAGCGGCGCCGCCGGCGACCGCAACCGUCGCAGGCCGUUCACCGUCGUGCUGGUGGGCACCAAUGCAUGGCUCGCAGAUGUUCGCAUACAUCUACUCAUCAGAUGCUAA